AUGGAGGUGAUGAGCCUGAAGAAUAUUGGGUUCGACCCCAACAACCUUCUGGAGACCCUGCACGACUUGCUUGACACCUCCGACGAGCAGAAUCAGCAGAGCCACCACGCCCCUUCGCGGCAGUACCUCCGCGAGGCCAAGGCCAUGGCUGCCACUCCCGCGGACGUGAAGGAGACUCAAAAUGCCUACGUAUUCGUGGUGGACGUGCCUGGGCUGAGGCCGGAUAUGAUUGAUGUGAAGAUUGAAGACGACAACAUGCUGGUGGUGGGUGGGGAGAGGAGGAGAGAGAAGGAAAAGGAUCAGGGGGUCAAGUAUUUGAGGAUGGAGAGGAGGCUCGGGAAGUAUUUGAAGAAGUUUGUGCUGCCGGACAAUGCAGAUAUUGAGAAAAUUUCGGCCGAGUGUCAGGACGGGGUGCUGACUAUCGCUGUGGCGAAGAGGCCGCCGCCAGAGCCUAAGAAACCCAAGGCUAUUCAAGUCCAAAUAAGCAGCGGUCAAGGCGGCCGCCAAGGAGGCGUAGAUGUCGAAGGCGGUGGUCAAGGAUGGCAAGGUGGUGCCCAAGGGAAAUAUGGUGGGCAAGGCAGCGAACAAGGUGGGGGGCAAGGUGGUGGUCAAGAAUCACAAGGCGGACGCCAAGGUGGUGGUCAAGAAUGGCAAGCCGGCCGCCAAGGUGGAGGCCAAGGUGGGCAAGGAGAUCAAGGGAAUGCCGGGGCAGCGCGUCGCGUCGUCCCAUGAUCAGUUUAUGUGAGGUCGCUACUCACUAGUGGAGAUCGUUCGUAUAUGUAUGUAUGAGUAAAUAAAGGUGCAUCCAUGCGUGCAUCAUUCUCCUUGGCGUUCUGUGUCUGUAAUUUCGUACGCUUUGGUCGUGUCUAACUUUUAUGUUCUUGUCUUUUGUGUUUUCACAAAAAUAAGAAGAGAAGGGAAGGAAGCUUGGCUGUGAUCCUGAUCGCAUGUUUAUAUAUAUAGAUAUCUUCCCUUUCGAACAU